UUAAUUUAUGGUGUUGAUGAUUCUUUGUUAUAAAGUGUAAUAAAUAUUAUAACAUGGGGUUCUAAAAAGAAUAUGAGUUUAAUAGAAUGAAUCUUUUUCAGAGUAUCACUGACAGCCUAAAUGCUGGGGGCUCAGUGAAAACGACCAAAGAAGAAAUCGAAAAGAAGUGGAAGAAUAUUAAAAGAAGCGGCAAGCAGAGUUAUUCAACCUUCCACAGGGCGACAACAACUACUGGCGGCGGUCCUCCACCAACACCACUCAGUCCUGUUACUGCCAAUGUCAUUGACGUCAUUGGGAGAGACAAUGAAAUCCUAACAGGGAUUAUUCAGACCAUGGACUCCACAAUGCUGCAAAUCUUGAAUAUGCAACCAGCUCAACAAGGAUUUUGUGAACAAGUUUGUGAACCAGCACAGGUCUUUCACAUUCCAAGUUCAUCACCUCAGCUCUAUCAACAGGUCCCACCACAACCCUCAGCUGCCUCAUGCUCUGAUGAGAGAAAAACUGCACUGACCAAAUCCUCUCUCCACUGA